AUGGUAUUCCUCCUACCCCGGCGCGUACGCGAUAAGCUCUGGGGCGAGCCUCUCCCUCCCUCAGACUCAUUCCAGGGCCAGACAGUCCUCACCACAGGGGUAAGUUCCGGUCUCGGUCGCGCAGCCGCCGUUCACUUCGCAAACCUGGGCGCAAACCUCAUCCUCACCGCGCGAAACCUAGUUAACGGUCACACAGCAGCCGAAUAUGUCGAGACAUGCGCGGGGAUCGUCGGCCAGGGAAGAGUCCAGGUUCUGGAGUUGGAUAUGAGCCGAUACUCAUCCUGUGUCUCUUUCGUCUCUCAGUUGAAGCAACAGACGGCAAGUUGCGCAGGGCAUCUUGAUGUCGCGGUUCUAAACGCGGGUCUGAUCAACGUUGACUUCAAGCUCAGCCCAGAAGGCUGGGAGCAAACAAUCCAAGUCAAUACAUUGAGCACCACGCUCCUGGGACUUCUUCUGCUGGAGUGGAUGGGUCAGCAACCAACCUCUCAGGCCGAAAGCGGCCCACCGCACAUCGUCUUCGUGACCUCGCGCGACCACCUCGACCCUGACAUCACCCCCUGGGAGGAAUACGCCGCCCAAACAGGCGGACUCCUGAAAUACUUUAGCGACGAGCAGAAUUGGCCCCGCGGUGUGCUGGAUCCAAACUACGCAGUCAGCAAGCUCGCGCUGACCUACGCGGUCGAGAGCCUGUGCGAGAGAGCUGUGAGGGCGGACGGAAGAGUCAAUGUGGUCGUCAACACCGUUUGCCCCGGGCUCGUAUCAACUAGCCUUGGCCGGUCAAUGGCGGAAAGCUCUCGCUGGCUGAAGGUCCUCGUACCAAUUCAUCAAAGGCUUCUCGGCAAGUCUGCGGACUUCGGGGCGAGGUUCUACGUCAAGGCGGCGAGGACAUCUAUCGAUGAACAUGGUAAAUACAUCCAGUCCCUGUUUACGGAAGACGAGUACCGCAGGUUAUCAGCACCCAACCUACGCAGCCAGACUGCUUUAAAAGUCAGGGGCAUAGUCUGGAAAGAGAUUAUGACGGACUUAGUGGACAAGAUUCCCAGUUUGUCAGGUUUGAACCUCGCAGUGGGCGGUCAUUAG